AUCCUUUUUUUUUACUGGUCGGGUGUAAGACGCCAUUUUAUAAUAAACCGAAAGAACGAUAAAUGCAAUGUAUUCCAGCUGUUGUUUGUAACGUGUUUUAGCCCGGAGAAUUUAAACAUAUACAUAGGAAAGGAUACGUAAUGGCGGAAUAUUUGGCAUCUAUAUUUGGUACUGAAAAAGACAAAGUGAAUUGUUCAUUUUAUUUUAAAAUCGGUGCUUGCCGUCACGGUGACAGGUGUUCACGAAUUCACAACAAACCUACUUUCAGUCAGACAUGUUUAUUGCAAAAUCUUUAUGUAAAUCCCCAAAAUUCUGCAAAAAGUGCAGAUGGUUCUCAUUUAGUGGCAAACGUAUCAGAUGAAGAAAUGCAAGAACACUAUGAUAAUUUUUUUGAAGAUGUGUUUGUGGAAUGUGAGGAUAAAUAUGGUGAGAUUGAAGAAAUGAAUGUUUGUGACAACCUUGGUGAUCACUUAGUCGGUAAUGUAUACAUCAAGUUUCGAAGAGAGGAAGAUGCUGAAAGAGCUGUUAAUGAUUUAAAUAAUCGAUGGUUCGGAGGAAGACCAGUUUAUGCUGAACUCUCUCCUGUAACCGACUUUAGAGAAGCUUGCUGUCGUCAGUAUGAAAUGGGUGAAUGCACACGUUCAGGAUUUUGUAAUUUUAUGCACUUAAAACCUAUUUCUCGAGAAUUGCGACGCUAUUUGUAUAGUCGUAAAAAAGGUGGUAAAGGUCGAUCUAGAUCUCGGUCAAGAUCACGUGGCCGUGAUCGAAAACGCAGAUCUCGAUCAAGGGACAGAAGAUCGAGAUCGAAGGAUCGUCGAAAGGGAAGAGAUGAUAAAGGUAGAGACGGACGAUCUGGAAGAUACUAAUAACUUUGAAAACAAGAAUAUCUACAAUCAAGAAGCGUAAUGCGCUAUAAAACAACUUGAAUUUUGAAAAAAGAAAAAAAUUAAACUCUCGUUUUUCUUUUUUUUAACAAUUGUAACUUUGUUACAUCAUGCAGUUACUUUCUAUAUAUGUUCUUACUUCAUAAAUGUAUUAUUUAAUAAAUUUGUAAGACAAUAGAAAAGAAUACAAUAAGAAAGUUGUAAAAUUCAA